AUGUCGGACGACGAGGAGAUAUCCGUCUACGACGAGGUCGAGAUCGAGGACAUGACGUACGACGAGACGCUGCAGACCUACCACUACCCGUGCCCCUGCGGCGACCGCUUCGAGAUCGCCCUGGCCGACCUGCAGGACGAGUCCAACGACAUCGCCGUGUGCCCCAGCUGCAGCCUGAUGAUACGGGUCAUAUACGAGGUGGACAGUCUCCCCAAACCCGACGAGCCAGAUGCCGACCCGGCCGCCGACGAGACGCCGGCGCAAGUCCCCGUCGCCGCCUGA